AAAAAAAAAAAAAGAAGAAGAAGAAGAAGAAAGCCUCACAAAAAAAUGACAAACUGCAGCUAAAAAGAAGUAAAAGGUCUGUACCAAGUGCUUUCCAAGCUCGUGUUGCCCAUCACCAUCGGUUUGAAGAGAGAGUGACAGGUCUUUGUUGGUGAAUAGAAAUCAGUGGCAUUGGAGAGAGGGAGGACUCCUCCUACCCAAUUACCCGUGCUGGGCAGGCGUUUGCUCUCUUCACAAAUAGGACACAGGAUCUCUAACACACACAGUCCCAAACCUGACUUUCAAGCAUUCGGAUCCCCAGUAGGAGAUUGGGACUAUCUGAAAAACCAGGUUUAAAACAUCCUUCAGACUUCAGCUUUGCCUUAUAUCGUCCGGACUAUACUUUUUUUUCCCUCCUGCACAAGAUAUUGGAGAAGUGGACUUGUUCUCCUGACUGUUCCAGCGCCAUCCGUCAAACUCCACCGGCUAUAUUUUUAAAUAUUGAUUGCAUUUGUGUGAAUUUGUUGGUGUAGAUCCACUCGGAUGUUUUAAGGAUCCGGAAAGCUGUAUAUGGAAGUUGUGGGGUGCAAGGCGAAAGAAAGCAGUUGCACAUUGCGUCCAGCAGCCAUGCUUUUCCACGGCAUCUCUGGGGAUCAUAUUCAAGGGAUCAUGGAGGAGAUGGAGAGGAGAUCUAAAACCGAGUCUCGUCUGGCUAAAACAGUCCAGAUGAACGGACGAGAAACGACUAUGCCCUCCAUGAGCCCAGAGAAGCCCGCGCUGUGCGCCGGCUGCGGUGGGAAAAUCUCCGACAGAUACUACUUACUCGCCGUUGAUAAACAGUGGCAUUUAAGGUGUCUCAAGUGUUGUGAAUGUAAACUGGCCCUUGAAUCCGAGCUGACGUGUUUCGCGAAGGAUGGCAGCAUUUACUGCAAAGAGGAUUACUACAGAAGGUUCUCCGUGCAGAGAUGUGCCCGCUGCCACCUCGGCAUCUCCGCCUCGGAAAUGGUGAUGCGCGCCAGGGACUCCGUGUACCAUCUGAGCUGCUUCACCUGCACCACAUGCAACAAAACACUGACCACGGGUGACCAUUUCGGCAUGAAAGACAACUUGGUUUACUGCCGGGUUCACUUUGAGACCCUUGUUCAAGGAGAGUAUCACCCUCAAUUAAACUACGCUGAAUUAGCGGCCAAAGGCGGAGGGCUCGCGCUACCUUACUUCAAUGGCACCGGCACGGUGCAGAAAGGAAGGCCGAGGAAGAGGAAGAGUCCAGCGAUGGGGAUAGAUAUCGGCUCUUACAACUCAGGUUGUAACGAGAACGAAGCGGACCAUUUGGAUCGGGAUCAGCAAUCCUACCCUCCUUCUCAAAAGACCAAGCGCAUGCGUACGUCGUUCAAACACCAUCAGCUUCGCACCAUGAAGUCCUACUUUGCCAUAAACCACAACCCCGAUGCCAAGGACUUAAAACAGCUUGCCCAAAAGACAGGACUGACCAAGAGAGUUCUUCAGGUUUGGUUCCAAAACGCACGGGCCAAAUUCAGAAGGAACGUUUUGCGGCAGGAGAAUGGGGGUGUUGAUAAGGCUGACGGCACGUCACUUCCGCCGCCCUCUUCCGACAGCGGUGCUAUGACCCCACCCAGCACGGCCACCACACUAACUGACCUGACCAAUCCCUCUAUCACCGUAGUAACAUCAGUGACCUCUAGUUUGGACAGCCACGAAUCUGGGAGCCCCCCACAAACUACCUUGACAAACCUUUUCUAACACGGAUUUGCUGUUUUUUUUGUUUUUUUUUUGUCUUUAUCCCACUUUUUUUUCAGAUUCUAUUUUUAUUUUCCACAACAACAACAAAAAAAAAAAAAAAAACCCUUUGGCGACCACAGAAAGACCUUUGGAAAUGUAAGACGAGACCUACUAAAAAUGUGUAGCAUUUGCAACCGUGUGGCAGCUGAGUUUGCAGUACUUGUCAUUGAUUUGUUUUUGUGAUCAUUAUAGAUCAAUAAGUUACGACAACGUAUGUUUUUUACAAUGCUUUAACUCAUCAAAAUAAGUUAAGCGAUUUUUCAACUCGUUUUUGUUUUUUUGAACGCCAGUUUAAUGUAAUUUAAGUUGAAAUGACUUAAAAUGUGUUCGUACGAUUAACGUGGAUGUUUAAGGCAGCAACUUUUCUUAAUAAUUUCAGACAUUAAAUGAAAAAAAUGAUGUAUGUUUCCAGUUUUAUUUCCAACAUUAUUUGACACACUGGCUCCCAUGAGCUCAAACGCCAAGUGGAUGCUGCAACCUCAAUUUAGGUCUGUUUUGUCACUGACGCCGGACUGUAAUGCCAAAUAACGGCGGUAAUUGUUUAAAACGUUACCACCUAAUUUGCCACAAUGUGUGCGAAUCAGAUCACAAGUUGGCCUGGAUCGUUUGCCGGGCAACAACUGUUUUGAAUGAAGAUAUCCAACGCGUCGCUCAGUGACAAUAUGGUGCCCAGUAGGAAGCGUUAUGAGUGAUUUGUGAAUGCGAAGCUGCAAGUUAAUUGGGAAAGACACGCAUCACACUGUUUUGUUCUGGUUCCCCCCCCUUCUUUUUUAAUGUUCUGCCACCGAACAGACCAAAAAACAACACCAUUUACGGCUCAAGUUGGAGAUCGGUCGGGGCUCCUCGCUAGGGUGAAACAUUUCCUUGUGUGAUGCUAAAUUUGUUCUGUUGUAGAACAAAGUGGUACACUAGAUCUGCUUCAUGAAGUAGAUGCUUAACUCAGUUCUACUAUGUGCCUUAUGCGACUUGGAAGAGAGUUUGUGAAAAUUCAGGAGAUACAUGUUUGUUUGUUAAAUGAUUUCCAUCCUUGGAACGCCUCACUAGUUUUGUACUGUUCUGUUUUUCAUCUGAUUUUUCUGAAGAUCUUUUUAAUGGUGUAUUCUGUUACAAGGGGGCGGCGAUGUCAUAGAAGGCAGUUGUGCACUCUUUCAGAACUAGUUGGUAAAUCCGAGAAUCAUAUAUAUUGAUCUUCGUGUUAAUAGUACAGUACGUGUUCUAUCAAGAUUGUCCAUGUUUCCUUGUUUCUUGAAAAAAGAUGGUGUAUAGAAACUAUUUCCCCUUAAAUAUUUAUGGACCAAACAGUUGUUAUAUCUUAUUAAAUUUGUGUGAAUAAAACUACUUUGCUUUA